AUGGCAAGUCUCUUGAUAAAUGUUGUCCUCGCAGCAUCGAUUUGCACCCGCGGGGGCAAAGCUGUCCUUUCGCGACAGUUCCGCGAGAUGCCCAGGUCGCGCAUCGAAGCGCUUCUCGCCUCCUUUCCGAAGCUCGCAGACAGUGGGACCCAGCAUACGACGGUCGAGCAAGACAACGUCCGAUUCGUCUACCAGCCCCUCGAUGAGCUCUACAUGGUCCUCAUCACCAACCGCCAGUCCAACAUCCUCCAAGACAUCGACUCCCUACAUCUCUUUGCCCAGGUCGUCACCAGCACCUGCAAGAGUCUGGAGGAGCGUGAAAUCCUGAAGAAUGCCUUCGAGCUCCUGAGCGCCUUCGAUGAGCUGGUCACCCUUGGGUACAGGGAGAACCUGACCAUCAGUCAGAUCAAGACAUUCCUGGAGAUGGAGAGUCACGAGGAGCGCAUCCAGGAGAUCAUUGCCAGAAACAAAGAGUUGGAGGCUACUGAAGAGCGCAAGAGGAAGGCCAAACAACUCGAGAUGCAGCGUAAAGAGUCGGCCAGGGGCGCCCGUGGCAUGGGCAACGUGCCCAGGACACCUGUCUAUCCCACAUACACUGCGCCCAGCCGACCUGCUGUCACCGACACAUACGAUACAUACGAAGCUGAGAAGAACAAGUCGAAAUUCACCGCACCGAAGGGCAAGGGCAUGCAGCUUGGUAAGAAGUCGAAGACCACCGAUAUGUUUGAGCGAGUACGAGGCGAAAUGGGCAACGAAGUCGACGACAGCCCGCUUGUCGCGCCAGCAGCUCCCUCUCCGAUCGCAGCCGAGCCAAGUGCGCCGCGUGCCUCGACUACCCUGGAUCGCGAUGCCAUACACGUUACCAUCAAUGAAGCAAUCAGCGCGAAGCUUUCCAAGGAAGGUGCCGUCGAGUCCAUUGGCGUCAGUGGUGAUCUGCAGCUGCGGAUAUCCGACCCAUCACUGACCAAGAUCAAACUCGACCUGAGCGCGCAGCCCACCCAUGGGGCGCAGUUCCGGACACAUCCCAAUGUUGACCGGAAUCUGUUCAACAGCUCCAGAACCAUCCAGAUGGCCAACACCGCGAAAGGCUUCCCAGUCAAUAACUCGGUCGGUGUGCUCCGGUGGCGUGCUACCCCGAAGGCAGACGACCCGAGCGCAGUGCCAAUCAGCUUCACUGUCUGGGUCAACAAGGGUUCUGAUGGCAGCUACACCAUGACUGUCGAGUACGAGCUGACCGGCGGUGAUGCACUCAAAGACGUGAGCGUCACCAUUCCGUACUCGACUGCCGAGCCCUCGGUCUCGAGUUUUGAUGCAACAUAUGACGUGUCAGGAGACAGUCUGGAGUGGUCAAUCGGAACGGUGGAUGAUGAGAACCCCAACGGAGCCUUCGAGUUCGAAGCUCAGGCGGAUGACGAGAACGAGUUCUUCCCGAUGCAGGUCCGGUUCUCCAAGACCACGCCAUUCGUGGACGUGGACGUUUCGUCGGUUGCUUUGGUGGAGAUGAACGAGGACGUGACCUUCUCAAAAGAGAUUAAAUCCAUGGCAGACUCCUAUGUCAUCGAGUAA